UAUGUUUGAUGCUGUGUUCCAAUUGUUGCGGUAUCCCAUAUGAUUUCAAUGGAAUACCGCAACAAUAGGAACAAAUACCGCAACAUUAGAAACACAAUGCUCUUUUAUCACGCCGAGGACCUGGGAUCGAAUCCCACUCCCGACAUACUCACAAAAUGUGGGUUCUUCCUUCGGAAGGGAAGUAAAAAGUGGGUCCCGAGAUGAACUAGCCUAGGGUUAAAAAUCUCGUUAAUACAGACAAAAAAAAACAAUGUUCUUUCAGAUAAAAACGAAUGAAAUGCUCAUAACAACAUCAAAGUGGCAAUAUUUCGUUAUUUUCCCGUAGAUUAAAGAUGGAUUUUAUCAUUUUCAAUUCAAUCCAUGUAAAAAGUUUGCUUGGGGCGAUACAAUUGUGGUUUAAGCAUGAACCCAGUGCUUAACUCCUCCAUGAUCGGAUCAAUUACCCUUCCUACGCAUUUAUUCAUAAUUGCAAGCGGGCAGGACAUGUCAUACGGAUAUUUUCAAUAUACGUAUUUCGAGGAACACUGCAUAGUUUUUUUUGUAUUAAUGUGUUUUUAAGCACUGCAUAGUUUCUGUACGAUGUUUUAUGAUAGUACGCAUUGAUUUUCGAAUAACUCAACCAAUAUUGCAAAAGCAAUUUCAAAAACUCAUUCAGCAAAAGUUGACAGGAUUGAUGCGAUUUGAAAUGAGUUAACUAAUUAAUGUGCAUCUGGUUUUCUUACCCAUUAUCCAGUUGCUGCGGAUGAUUAUCGGGACAUUGUCGCUCGUCGAUAAACAGCAUGCCGAAAACAAGCGCGAUAACGUGUCGCACUAAUUUGUUUCGUAUAUUUAUGUAUCGAUACAGACUUGUACUGAUCGUCAUUAGUCAUCUAUAGCUGAGAGAAUUUAUCCUUUCUUCUUUCUCCUGUUCCUCUGGCCACAACGGAUAUGAUCCACGCGUUGUCGCGACUGAUCCAUUGCGCGCGCACCCGAGCGAAAGGGCUUCUGGUUUAUGCGUCGCGUCGUGUCCCGAAUCCGGUAGACAUUGAGUUCAGUGCGCUGCUACAACUGCUAAUAGAGAUCUGCGAUCGACCUAAACAGUUUCCAGAAGCCGUCGCUUCAUUAGAGGCAUGUGUGCAUUUUAACGUUAUCAGUUCACUGAACGACGUCAUGGACGGACUCGGUGCGGUGUCGGGACCGUUGUUGAGCGGAUAUCAAUUUCAUCCGGCGACACGUCUGAGUCUAAUGGGUCAUCCGGGAAAUUUUGUGUCUGCCUCCAGUUCUGCUGGAUAUCGAUCAGUUGCUCUUCGAUUGCCAAACGGUUAAGGAUGGAUAAUUUUGACGCUUCCACGGAGGACUUCCUGGCCAAUGGGUUCUAUCAGUUUUACACCGAGUUCCAUGAAGAUCUAUUCGAUGUGUUCCAGCCGGGAGAUAACCUUCUUGGAGACUCGAAGGGGUCUGAGAUCGUUGACCUAAGACCUUCGUCAGCUGAUAAGAAAUCCGCCGAAGAAGGUUUGGAAGCGCAGGUGCAAAACUUUAUCCUAGAGUAUAGCUGCGUCGACUUCAGCCAGAUUUGGGACAAUGACUACCAACUACCGGAGCGGACAUUCCUGUGCGAUGGCUCAUGUGAUGCAUUUCUACUAAAAGAUGAGAUGGAGCUUCCACGCGAUUCGUCGACGAUCCUUCAAGAACCCAACGAUCAAAAUUCGGUCAGUUUUGUGUGUCCGUUUGAAUCCUGUCGGAAGGUGUACGCCAAACCGGUGCAUUUGAAGGCGCACCUUCGGAGGCACGUGGGCGAAAAGCCUUAUCAGUGCAAGUGGAGUGGAUGCAAGUGGCGGUUUUCCCGGUCGGAUGAGCUGGCGCGGCAUUUUCGGUCCCAUUCAGGCGUUCGACCGUACAAGUGUGACUUUUGCCCAAAGUGUUUCUCCCGUUCGGAUCAUUUGGCCAAGCAUCGCAAAGUGCAUGAGCGGAAGAUUGCGGCCGGCAAGAGUAAAGCCGUAUGGAUCAGCUUGCCUCGUGGCAAACCGGGUCGCAAGCCCAAAAGUGUAUGUAAAGUGUGAUAAAAAUGUGCAA